GCUUCCUGGACGUCAGUGCGAACCGUGCGAACCUGCGCUCACUUCACAGCCGUGUAUUAUGGCACCGAGCUGGAGCUAGUCAGGAGACUCAAUUGUAUCUCAAAAUGACGCCAACAGUGAAAAAAACUCCUUCAGAGACAACUGAGCAUCCAAGCAAUGGCUUCACAGUAAAAGAUGAAAGUUGUCAAAGUCGCUCAGAGACCGAGGACGAACCUCUGCUACGAGAAAACCCUAGACGGUUUGUCCUCUUCCCCAUCCAAUAUCCGGAUAUCUGGAAGAUGUACAAACAAGCACAAGCCUCCUUCUGGACGGUAGAGGAGGUGGAUCUAUCCAAAGACCUGGCACACUGGGACCGUUUGAAGCCUGAAGAAAAACACUUUAUCUCCCACGUCUUAGCCUUCUUUGCUGCUAGUGAUGGCAUCGUCAACGAGAACCUGGUGCAGAGGUUCAGCCAGGAAGUUCAAGUCCCUGAAGCGCGCUCCUUCUACAGCUUCCAGAUCCUUAUUGAGACGGUUCACUCAGAGAUGUACAGUAUGCUCAUCAACACUUACAUCAGGGACCUGAGGGAGAGGGACUUCUUGUUUAACGCCAUUGACACUAUGCCUUGUGUGCAACGCAAAGCUGACUGGGCCCUCCACUGGAUAAAUGACGACAAAUCCACGUUCGGAGAGCGACUUGUGGCUUUCGCAGCGGUGGAGGGUAUCUUCUUCUCUGGCUCAUUCGCUGCCAUUUAUUGGCUGAAGAAGAGAGGCCUCAUGCCCGGCCUCACUUACUCCAACGAGCUGAUCAGCAGGGAUGAGGGCCUGCACUGUAACUUUGCCUGCCUGCUGUACGGCUACCUGGUCAAGAAGCCAUCAGACGACAGAGUGAAGGAUAUCAUCACCAACGCUGUCAGGAUUGAGCAGGAGUUUUUGACGGAGGCGUUGCCAGUUGAUCUCAUUGGAAUCAACUGUUGUCUCAUGAAGCAGUACAUUGAGUUUGUGGCUGACCGGCUUCUCGCUGAUCUUCGACUAACCAAGGUUUAUAAUGCAGAAAAUCCAUUUGACUUCAUGGAGUCGAUCUCACUGGAGGGAAAAACCAACUUCUUUGAGAAGAGAGUAGCAGAGUACCAGCGGUUUGGAGUCAUGUCAAACGUGAUGGACGCUGAAUUCACAUUGGAUGCAGACUUUUAGUCCGAGUCAACACUUGUUAAAUGUGGUCUAUUUAUUUUUGUUAUAUAAACAUGUAUAAUUACGGCUUUAAGGUAUGUUACACACAUCUUUCAAUUUUAAAAAGUCAAUAUUUGUUUGGGAUACAUUUUACAGAAUAAUAAACGAGUUAAUAACCCUUUUGAAAAAGAAAAUGACCUCUUGACCUAAGGCUUGGGUUGAGGUGUAGGUUACAUUUAAAAUGUUUUUUUUAUUAUUGUUAUUAAGGAUACAUAUUUUCUUUAGUCUGAUGAUCAAGGUGCUGGCUUUGUCAAAACUUUUUAUUGUACAAUAAAAGUAUUUAUAAAUUGUA